AUGAUCGGCCACGCCCCUAACAGCAGCAACUCCUUGGAGAAUGAAGCUUGGCACUCACUGUGGGGUCAAGAGUGUCCAUCGCGCACCUUUAGCCUUAAUCCAAGACCUGUGUGCGAGAAUGAAGAUUGGCAGCCGUCGGAGUCAACGACCAUCUCACAGCCCGACGCAAUCAUUUCGCACUCACUGUUGGGUCAAGAGUGUCCAUCGCGCACCUUUAGCCUUAAUCCAAGACCUGUGUGCGACAAUAAAGAUUGGCAGCCGUCGGAGUCAACGACCAUCUCACAGCCUGACGCAAUCAUUUCGCACUCACUGUGUGGCCAAGAGUGUUCAUCGCGCACCUUUAGCCCUGAUCCAAGACCUGUGUGCGAGAAUGAAACUUGGCAGCUGUCGAAGUCAACGAACCUCUCACAACCUGAAUCAAUCAUUUCGCACUCAUUGUGGGGUCAAGAGUGUCCCUCGCGCACCUUUGGGCCCAAUUCAAAUCCCGUGCGCACCUAUAGCAAACUUGGCACAAUGGAGGGUGAAUUUGGCUCGUCUCAUCAGGGCCGCUGGUCAGAUCGGCAAAGCGAGCAUAGUGAGGCUGAAUCCGAAGCCGAAGCUGAACCCGUUAGGCCGACCCCGACUACCUCAAAGAGAUCGAAGAAGACACCUGUUGUUGCUGUUGUUGACAAAGGCAAAUCGAAAGAUGAUCGCCGACGAUCAUUCAUCCUUACCUAUCCCGUCCUCGCUGGCACGAAUUCUGACGAACAGGACGGUUACCGUGAAUUUACGAACCCUGAUGACCUACAGGCAUUCCUACAAGCAGACCCGAAGCCAUACGAACAGCUGUUCGACGACCAGGACGAGGUUAUAACCCGAUUAAAUGAGACCCGAGAGACCCGUAAAGGACACGCUGCUGAUCAUGAAGUGCGGAUGAGCAUUAAACGCCAGGUCGAUCGCUACCUUCGACAGCUGAGAGAAACCGAAGCAGAAGGCGAUCAUCUUCAGCACGAACUGAAUACACCCCGCGAACUGUCAGCCGUGAAGCGACCGCUGAAGCUCCUCGCCAUCAUCGACCCCGAUCGCGCGCCAGAGGAUCGAAAUUGA